UCCUGUAAGGGGUAGGGUUGGUGUAGGGCAAUAGCACAUACAGUUUGUACAGUAUAAAAACCAUUACGCCUAUGGGAUGUCCCCACUUUUCACAAAACCAAACAUGCAUGUGUGUGUGUGUGUGUGUGUGUGUGUGUGUGUGUGUGUACAGCAAGACAGUAGAGUAAAAAGUACUGAAAAAUAUUGGACUAUUCUUUUGUUUAUCAGGCUAUGGAAUUGUGGCUUUACUGAUGAAGGUUGUACUGCCCUGGCUACAGCUUUGAAUUAUAACCCUUUCUACCUGAGAGAAGCUUAUCUGGAUAGAAAUAAACUUGGAGACAAAGGAAUUAAUCUGUUCUCGGAUGUGUUGAAGAAUUCAUGCUGUAAACUGGAGAUACUGAGUAUGAUCAGAUGUGGUGUGACAGAUAAAGGUUGUGCUGCUCUGGCAUCAGCUUUGACAUCAAACCCUUCACACUUGAGAGAACUGGAUUUAUCAGAGAAUGAACUUGGGAGACUCAGGAGUGAAGAAGCUCUCUGGUGGACUUGCAAAUCCUCACUGCAAACUUAAAACACUGAGACUGAUGCAUUGUAGCAUCACUGAAGAAGGUUGUGCAGCUCUAAAAUCAACCCGUUCAUACUUCAUAGAUCUGGAUCUGUCUGGGAAUAAACUAGGAGAUUUGGGUGUGAAGCAGUUUUUGGCUGGACAUUUCUGUAAUAUUGAGAUACUAAAGCUGAUGAAUUGUGGUGUCACAUAUGAAGGUUGUGCUGCUCUGGCUUCAGUCAUGAAAUCAAAUUCAACAGUUCUGAAAGAGCUUUAUCUUGAUAAGAAUGAGCUCAGAGAUUCAGGAGUAAAGGUGCUCUCUACUGCUCUGGAGCACCCUCACUGUAAACUGGAGAUGUUAAAGCUGUGGGAUUGUGGUAUUACUGACGAAGGUUGUGCAGCUCUGGCUUCAGCUCUGGCAUCAAACCCCUCACAUUUGAGAAAUCUUUAUGUAUUUGGGAAUAAACUUGGGGACUCUGCGGUGAAGCUGCUCUCUGCCUUAAAUGAUGAUCCACAAAACAAAUUAGAGAAUUUUGAUUUAUACUAGAUGCUGUCCUCUAAGAACUGAAGAGUUGCUGUGACCGAUACUUCUGUGCACAUCUGAAUGUCUGAACGCAACUGGAACAUGAUAACCCACCUGCUCGUGCUUAGUGCAUCUGUUACUCAUCUUUGUUUUUCAGGGAUUUUUUCCCCCAUUUUUUUUUCAUUAAUCAGUAUGCUGCAAAAUAUUUUAUGAAUUGUACACCAUAUUUUUAUAGAUACUUAACAGUAUCAAAUUGGAGGAUAGAGUGUCAGUAAUGUAUAAUGAUAAGAUUAAACACUCAAUUUUCAGUUAAAGGCAUUUCAUUAUUGAAUUCAGAGAUGUCAUUGUCUAGCUCAGUUUAGUUUAAAUAGUAUCUGUGCAAUCAAAUCGACGAUAAUCGCUAGAAAUAAAGUGUCCCCAACUGAGCAAGCCAGAGGCGACAGCGGCAAGGAACCAAAACUCCCUCUGAGACAGAAUGGAGAAAAAACCUUGGGAGAAACCAGACUCAGUCGGGGGGCCAGUUCUCCUCUGACCAGACGAAACCCGCAGUUCAAUUCCAACCGCAGCCAUGUCAGAUUGUGUAAAGGGGUUAUCUGAUUCC